AUGGCCAAAUCCACGGACAUGCAGCAGCCCUCAGCUGCCAACCGCGAUGUCGAAGAGGCGUACGCAAAGCAAGACAUGGAAUUCGUGGAGAGUGCGGCAGACCCGACUGCUGCAGAGUCCGAACGAUUAUCCAAACCACACCGAGAUUAUCUGAUGGAGCGUCAUGGAACGCUGAAUCUCGAUCCAAUUCCUGCGAUGGAUCCUGCGGAUCCCUACAAUUGGCCGGAGUGGAAGAAAAUUAUGAACUUGAUCCUAGUCGCCUUCCACGCAUGCAUGGGUACAUUUGCGGCAGCCGGUAUCAUCCCAGCAUACUCAGACAUAGUAGAGAUAUAUGGUGUCUCCAAUCAGCAAGCGAGUUAUCUGACUUCCCUACAAAUUGCCGUCCUUGGAGGCGCGCCACUCUUCUGGAAACCUCUCGCACACCGUUUUGGUCGCCGCCCUAUAUUUUUAAUUUCAUUAAUUUGCAGUCUCGUUUGCAAUGUGGGUUGUGCGAAGAGUACUACCUACGGUGCGACCGCAGCCUGCAGAGCUCUUUCGGCGUUCUUUAUCGCCCCUGCAUCUGCUAUUGGAAGUGCUGUUGUGAUGGAGACAACUUUUAAGAAGGAUCGUGCUCGCUAUAUGGGAAUUUGGACUGUGAUGAUUACGCUCGGAGUUCCUCUUGGGCCAUUUAUCUUUGGGUUCGUCGCUUAUAGGGCUGGCUAUGAGUGGAUUUAUUGGGUUCUGGCCAUGAUCAACGGGGGGCAGUUUAUUCUUUACCUCUUCUUUGGACCCGAAACUCGCUAUGUAAAUAGCGGCGAAUGGCGGGAGGAAUCCACUUUCAAAAGAGAAUACAUCUCGAUCCGUCGCAUCGAUCCCACCCCUUUUACAUGGUUCGAAUUCGUCAAGCCAUUAGCCAUGUUCGCCCAUCCGUCUGUCGUCCUUCCCACCUGCGCAUAUGCUAUGGUGUUUCUUUUCGCGAAUAUUAUGACGACAGUGGAAAUCCCGCAGCUUUUGCAAACGAAAUUUGACCUUAAUACAGAGCAAGUGGGCCUUCAGUUCCUGGGCAUGAUCAUUGGGUCUGUAAUUGGCGAACAGAUGGGCGGGAGUCUAUCAGAUUACUGGAUGGGAAUGCGCGCCAAGCGAACACAAGGAAAAGCAGAGCCGGAGUUCCGACUUUUCCUGAGCUACUUUGGCUUUGCCCUUGCCUGUGUGGGACUUAUCAUCUUUCUUGUUUUCACGCAGCAAGCCCCGAUUGGGGCCUGGACAGUUACGCCUAUUGUUGGUACGGGUAUUGCUGCUGCAGGAAGUCAGUUGGUUACUACGGUUAUGGUCACCUAUGCGAUUGACACCCACCCGCAAGAGGCAGCAAGCGUGGGUGUUUUCAUCACCUUUGUUCGCCAAAUCUGGGGUUUCCUUGGUCCAUUCUGGUUUACUUCUAUGUUUGAUAGCGUGGGAGUAGCUGCCAGCUCGGGCGUUGUUUGUGGUAUGAUUGUGGCUGUCAGUGUGAUCCCAACCAUCGUACUCCAGGUAUAUGGCGGCAAAUGGAGACGCAAGAACGACUCGGAGGAGGUGAUUCUCUAA